ACAAGGGUGGCGGCUGCGAUAAGCGUGCGGUGACCUUUGCGCGGGGCAGGUCCUUGGCACCCCAGAGCUCAGACUCGCUGCGGUCGCCAAGCCAAGCGUCUCGGGGGCCGCGCCGGGGUCGGGGCGCCGCUGCCAUGGACAUCCCGCCUCUAGCCGGCAAGACCGCGGCGCUGUCGCUCGGCGCUCUGCCGCUGUCCUACGUGCUCAACCAAGUCUCGGCGUUCUCACAGCCCUUGUGCGCAGUGCUGAUGAGUGCGCUGAUACUGGGUCUGCUCUUUAUGGCCGUCUACAGUCUGUCUCAUGGGGAGAUCACCUAUGACCCUCUCUAUGCUGUCUUUGUGUUCUUCUCCUUCACCUCGGUGGUGGACCUCGUUAUUGCACUCCAAGAAGAUGGCUACAUGGUGGGCUUCAUGGAUUUCUACACCAAGGAGGGGGAGCCCUACCUACGCACAGCGCAUGGCAUUUUCAUCUGCUACUGGGAUGGUACUGUCCACUACCUACUCUAUCUGGCCAUGGCCGGUGCCAUCCGGAAGAGGAAAAGGUACCGGAACCUUGGGCUCUACUGGCUGGGGUCCUUCGCCAUGAGCCUCCUGGUGUUCCUCCCAGGAAACAUCCUUGGUAAAUACAGUUCAGAGAUCAGACCUGCCUUCUUCCUCGCCAUCCUCUACAUGCUGGUCCCAUGCUGGGCUGGUGUGAAGAUCUUCAGCCAGUCCCGUGCACCAACCUCCUACACCCUCAACAUGGUACAGGAGGAGCAAAAAAAAGGCCUCCUACAGCGCCCAGCCGACCUGGUGAUGGUCACAUACCUCGUCCUUGCUGCGUUCUUCACUCUCUUCCGGGGCCUGGUGGUACUUGACUGCCCCACAGACGCCUGCUUCAUCUAUAUUUACCAAUAUGAGCCAUACCUGCGGGACCCUGUGGCCUACCCAAAGUUGCAGGUGAGAGCACAGGUGGAAGGAGAAAGCUGUGGUCCUGCCCAAGCAUCUUUGACACAGUUACCUGAAAGCCAUGCCAGCCAGGCAGAUGCCUUCAGAUGCUGGUGUAUUUGUUCUAUGCUCUGCCUUUCUACUGCUUGGCUGCCUAUGCCCUCAUUUUCCCUGGCUGCUCCUGGCUGCCAGACUGGGCCUUGGUGUUUGCCGGAGCCAUUGGCCAGGCGCAGUUCUCACACAUGGGUGCCUCCAUGCACCUGCGCACACCCUUCACCUACCGCGUGCCUGAGGACACCUGGACCACCUUCUUUCUAAGCAACAUGCUGUUCGCACUGGGUCCACACCUGCUGGCUUUCCGCUGCCUGUGGUGGCCUGACUUCUUCCUGCAGUCACCACCCUCGGAGCCCCAGGGCCAAGGCAAGAAGCAGCAGUGAACAUGUGCACGUCUCUGCUAGGACCUCUAUGCAGCGGGCCUUGCCCUGCAAGGAUGGGUUGGCCCUUUUAAAACUGGAUGGACAUCUGGGAGAAUUGCAACCCAGGCCAGAAAGAAGUGUAGGAGACCCAUGACAAGAUGCUCUUGCUAUGUCACUGUGCCCCCAAAGCCACAAGGACUCUAAUGCCCUCUCCUGGAAUUUACCCUUCAACUCCCCUCAUCCUUUUAAUAAAAACCCUUUUGAUGUCCUGGA